UUGAUAAGCUUUUAAAAUUUCAGGUAGGUAGCCAUGUUGGUCUGACACAGUCGAAAUAAAUUGUCCAGUAGCAUCUUAGAGACCAACUAAGUAUGUUCUGGGUAUAAGCUUUCGUGUGCAUGCACACUUCUUCAGAUACCACUUUUUAAAGAAAUAGCAAAGCAUGUAGAGCUCACCUACAACAACAAUGCAGCUGUGACAAGUACUUUCGCUUUCUAACUCAUCGACAUAAUAUCUAUUUCACACAAUGGAGGAAAAGAGCAGCGGCGGGGACUUCCACUCCAUUGCUAAUCACUACCGCCGAUCAAAACAGAUCCCGCGAGCGACCAGGGUUAGACAUCCCUGCUCUAGAACAUCUACCAUGAAGUGCACCCUGGCUACUUCCCCUUCUAGCAGAGCCAGGGCAACCCCCUUCUACAAGCUGCCGGGGCCUCUGUUACUCCCCCUACCCUUCCAUUGCUUUCUUUUAAUCCACACUAUUCUCCAAUACUUUGGCCACCUCAUGAGAAGAGAAGACUCCCUGGAAAAGACCCUGAUGUUGGGAAAGAUUGAGGGCACUAGGAGAAGGGGACGACAGAGGAUGAGAUGGUUGGACAGUGUUCUCGAAGCUACGAACAUGAGUUUGACCAAACUGCGGGAGGCAGUGGAAGACAGGAGUGCCUGGCGUGCUAUGGUCCAUGGGGUCACGAAGAGUCGGACACGACUAAACAACAACAACAAUUCUCCAAUAUCCAUUUGCAGCAGCAGGGCCAAUGGCAUGGGCGUAGGAAGGAUUUUUGUGGGGGGGGGGAACUCACAUGAUUGGUCAUUUAGUUAAGUAUUUCUAUUAUUUUACUUGAUCUGGAGGGGGCAACUGUCCCCCCUUGGCUAUGCCCAUGGCCAAUGGUGAGGGAGGAUCGCAAGUCAUACUGCCAUACAGUACUUCCCACUGUUUUUGAGAUGAAGUUUGAAACUUGAUACUGUUGCCCCACAAAUGUGAGAUCUUGCUAGAGCUAGAGAGUUAUAUCUUUCUCUGAUAGCUCUUCACAUGGAGAGUGAGAUGCACUUUUUCUACCAGGUUUUGGGCUGAUUAUCUACUUGUUCUUGUUCCUACAACUAUGGGUGAUUGCUUUUAAAAAUAGCAUUUACUUUGGGGGUUAACAUUUUAGAAAAGUGGUAGAUGACACAAAUGCACAUUAAUAUGUACAUGAUGUGUGUUGGUAGACCCUGAUUUUCUACCUGCUGCAGACAUAGGAAGCAGCAGUAAAGGAGGGGUGGCAGCGGCUAGGUACCUUUCAUGAGCAUAGCCAGGGAGGUGCAGAGACAGCUGCCCCCGCCCAAAUCAAGCAAAUAAAUCUAAAUACUGUACUGAACUAACUGACCAGAUAAUUUGGUUCUUCCCCUCGCUCCCCAACAUAAAGCCUGCCACCCCUAAAAUAAAUCCUGACUCUGCUCAUGCUGCCUUUCCUGUUUAAGGUGGCGCUAAAAUCGAACGCCGAAUACCUGCCCCCACACAUUUAAAUUUGGCGCGCGUCUUUCCUAGUGGCUCCGCAAACCAACCAAUGGGCGAUCAGAUUACGACCCGUGCGUUCGUCUGACGCAGCCGAGGGCCAAUGGGAAUGCUAAAAGGCUGCGUCCAAUGCGAAGAAAGAGCGGAGGCUAUAAAUGGGUAGGAAAGCGCGGGCUUUCCUUCCUCAUUCAUCCUUCCGUGGGCCAUUCACAUUUGGCGCCAGAUCUAGCAAAGAAGCAUGUCGGGCCGCGGGAAAACCGGAGGCGGCAAGGUUCGGGCCAAGGCGAAGUCGCGCUCGUCGCGGGCCGGGUUGCAAUUCCCGGUGGGGCGCGUGCAUCGGUUGCUGCGGCGCGGCCACUACGCGGAGCGGGUCGGGGCUGGGGCGCCCGUCUACCUCGCCGCGGUGCUGGAGUACCUGACUGCCGAGAUCCUGGAGCUGGCGGGCAACGCGGCGCGGGACAACCGCAAGACGCGCAUCGUGCCUCGCCACGUGCAGCUGGCCGUGCGCAACGACGAGGAGCUCAGCCGCCUCCUGGGCCGCGUCACCAUCGCGCAGGGCGGUGUCCUGCCCAACAUCCCCGCCGCCCUUCUGCCCCGCAAGGCCGGCACUGGAGGAGCGGCGAGCGGAGCGGCGCCGAGGAAGAAGGCCACCCAGGCCUCCCAAGAAUACUAGGCGAGCGAGCAGCAGCAGCCUCUGGACGGGACUCCGGUAGCAGCCGGCGAGGGAUGGACACGAGGACGGGUCACGCAACCCCUGUUUUCCUUGGGGUUUGGUUUGGGACAAGGGUCAGGCGCCGGGACUGAGCGCAUUGGUUGCCUGGCCCACAAACGGAUUGCUGAACUGGGUGGAGAUCCCGUUGAAAUUACGUUGCAGGGAUCUCGGUAUUGACUUUUGUUCUAUUAAAGAAAUUUGUGCAGUUUAAA